AUGUCAAAACAUUGAAUUCUCUUUUGCAGAUCACAAUAUAAAACACAAUGAGUAAUGAAGAUAUUCUAGCUGUACUUGAAGGUGCUGCCAGUCAGGAUGUUCACAUCAUUAAACAAGCAGAAGAACAACUGAAAAUGUGGGAAACAAAUACAGGAUUUUAUUCUGCCCUACUGGAUGUCUUUAAAACAAAAUCUUUGAAUGUUAAUGUACGAUGGAUGGCAGUCUUGUACCUAAAAAAUGGUAUCAUGAAGUAUUGGAAAAGACCUGGGAUAACAGGAUUAUCAGAGGAAGAAAAGACUAUAAUUAGACGCAAACUGAUUGAAUCAUUUGAUGAAGAAAUUUCUCAGCUUGCUGUACAACUAGCUGUAAUUAUUGGUAAAGUUUCAAGAAUGGAUAUAAAGUUGUGGCCAGACGUAAUAAUGCACACCCUACAGGCUGUUAGAUCAGAGAACAUGUUGUUCCGUCAUAGAGCUCUAUUGACAUUGAAUCAAAUUGUUAAAGAACUAGCAUCGAAACGACUAAUAUCAGAUAGAAAAGUGUUCCAAGAAAUUUCGAAAAACAUAUUUGAAUUUUUAGCUCAACUUAGUUUUGAUUCCUUUAACAAACUAAUUUGUCCUGGUAACGUCGCUAACUCGUAUGAAAUUAUAGAAAUGUGCAUUUUGCUGACCAAAGUUCUGAGAAAACUGUUGAUUUAUGGGGCCACUGGCUAUUCUGCAGAAUCAAUUCAAAUAAAGUACACACAAAAUUGCCUGCAACAAGUACAGUCAUUGUUGACUAUAAAAAAAGAAUGUCGUGAUAUUCAACUCAAAGAUAAAUGCGAUAAAUAUUUAAUAUUGUUAAUGAAAAUCUUAAGUGAGUUACAGGAAAAUCAUAGUUCGUCAUUUUUACCAAUUCUCGAACCUGCCCUCCAGCUGUGCCUGCAACAAAUUCUCUCAUCAUCGAGCAACACAGAGUUUAAACCAAUGAUAAUACAUUGCGGCAAUCUUUUACGUUCUAUCACACGAAGCUACAAAAAGCCUAAAAAACAAAUAGUAGACUUAUCUGAGGAGGAUCACAUUGUGCACAGUGCAAAUUUGACAAAAGAUAAAAUUAUAACUCGGGAAUGUCUAGAGAAUUUGUGCCACCAUAUUAUGACGUGUUACUUCCCACUAACUGAAACUGAUUUGGAAGAGUGGCAAAGUGACCCAGAGGGAUUUAUGUUGGUGGAGGCAGGGGAGUCACAUAAGUUUUUGUUGGGCCCGUGCAUGGAAACUUUGUUUGUUGGUUUAUUUUAUGAAUAUAAAAAUGACAUUGUACAGUUCUUAGUUAGAUAUGUUGAGAAAAUAAACAGCUUUGAUUUCACUACUAUGUCACAAGCUGACAUUUUAAAUGUGUCGGCAGUUUAUAAAGCUGUUGGUCUGGCCUCCUAUGAACUUUUUGGUGACUUGGACUUUGAUAUCUGGUUUGAAAGUAAACUUGUUCAUUUACUGAGACAGCAGAGCAGUGGAAAUGCUUUAUUAAAACAUCAUAUUGUCUGGAUGAUUGGUGAAUGGAUUAAUGUCAAAUUUUCUAAAUCAAAUCGUGUUGAGUUGUAUGAUGUGCUGCGUGCCAUCUUGCAAGAUGAUAGUGUUGAUUUAGUUUUACGCUUGACAGCUUGCAAAACACUGCGUUGUGCUAUUGAUGACUUCGAUUUUAUUGUGAAUGAUUUUAACCCCUUUGUUAGUAGUAUCUUUAUGGCUUUGAGUAAAUUAUUAGUGUCGGUCCAGCUUUGCGAUACCAAAAUGGUUGUAUUGAAUGUGUUAUCUAUUAUGAUUGAGCGAAUUGGUAGGAAAGUUAAGACUAAUGCAGAAGUACUGUUGCAGUACCUUCCACAAUUGUGGGAGCUGUCUGAAGCACAUAAUUUAUUGAGAGGUGCUGUUGUUAAUGUUUUGGUUCACCUCGUAAAGGGUCUUGGUGCUGACAGCCAUAGAUUGUAUCAUAUUACGUUACCUGUAAUUCAUUUAAGUACGUCCGUAGAACAGCCAGCGCAUGUAUAUUUGUUGGAAGACGGCUUAGAAUUGUGGCUAACGAUGUUACGAUACAGCAAAGAACUAACCAUCGACAUGCUGCAUUUGUAUAAAAACUUGCAAGUCUUGUUUGAACGUGCAUCUGAAACCCUUGAUAGUUGCUUGGCGAUCACUAAAUCGUAUCUUUUGCUUGACGCUGGGAUGUUGUUCAAGGAAUACGGUCAUGGAUUGUCUACAGUAUUUUCCGAGCUACUUGAUUACGUGAAAGAAGACCAUGCAUCGAAAAUUGUGAAAAUCCUCAUUUUAUCCUUCCAAUUGUUACCCAGCGAAUUUUUGGUCAUGUAUCAAAACACAGUUUUAAAGGUUUUAAAGUAUACUUUAAAGGACGAAAACUAUCCACCGCUGAUGGUGAAUUACGUCACACUUUUAGCGCACAUUGCGUUUCGAACGCCUCAAGCUUUUUUGCAGCUUUGUGAAGUAUAUUGUAAAAUGAACUGUUGCUCUUAUGAUGAUGUUAUGGGAAGGUUAUUUGACUUGUGGCUCGACAAAGUCGAUUGCAUGAUGCUGCAGGAAAAGAAAAUGUCGGCUUUGUCUCUGUCGAGCUUGCUCCCGCUUAAAGUGAAGUUCGUUCAUGAACGAAUUGGUUUAAUUUUGGACUUGUGCGUCAACGUCAUGUACGAUUUGCAGAGGUCUGGUGCAGACAGUGUUUCCGAUCAUUGUGCAGUUGAUUCAUUAAUUGUGGAUGAAGCUAACACGCGGAUCGGCGAAGAGAAUGAAGAAGAAGAUAGCAUGGAAGAUGCAAAAGAAAGAUGGCUGCUGUCACAAGAUCCUAUCCACACUAUCGUCUUGCUGCACUACGUACGUGACAAAUUAAACGAAACGAAACAAUCGUACGGCGACGAACAUUUUGCGGACGCAAUAAGUACUAUGGAUCCGGUUGUUGCUAAACAGUUGAUGACGUUGAUCAGUUAACGUCGCUGAUAAUUUAUUGACGCUGAUUGAAACUCAAACUUGAUAAGAUCUGUUACAGGCUGUCCACUUUUUUAGAAAUGCUAGGAUACAUUAGAAACGGAAUUUUCGGACGGAAAAACUUUCGAUUUUUUUUUGUCUAAAAAUUUUUGUCUGCCGAAAGUUUUUUUGUCCGAAAAUUUUGGUUUUCUAAUUUUUUUAAAAAAGGACCAGUGCAUAGAAAUUGUAUAAAGGGUAAUCAGUGUUUGUAAAUUAUAUAUAGGGUAAUCAGAAAAUCAAUAAAAACUGCAGUUUUUGAACUUAUUGUUUUCGUCAUUUUCACAUUUGGCUGAAGCUCUAUCUAUAAAGUUGGAUCUUAAAGACCUUUUUUUAGAUCUUCUUUUUGUGUCAUUUUCCGUAAUCAUUACUUUUGAUAUUGUUUAAAAUUCGUUUAAAAGACUUUAUAAAUCUUGUCCGAAAGUUUUUCCGCCGAAAAUUUUAGUUCUUAAUGUAGUCAUGAAUAGACACAAAAUAUUUUCACGAUGCCAGGAAAAAAGCAGGAUUAUUUUCUUUGAUACGUCAUGAAAAUCAGAAAUGAAUGUUGUGAUAACACACUUGGAAUUACACUUUGUUAGCUAUUAGCCGUUUAAGGAUUUAACAGGUUUGAUUUUUUUAUAAUUUGUAUGUAACUGCAAAUCAGGAUACCUUUCGCGGAUUUUUGCGAAAAUAAGUUUCUGUGAAAAUUCGAAAUCGGCCUGAUCCGCAAAGAUAAAAUUCCACGAAUUUUUUUUUAUUUCCUGAUAUUUUUAAAGAAAACUUAAAUUUACACUAAAUCCGGGUAAAUUUUAAUACAAAAGACAACGAUAUAUAUUCUUUAUAAUCUAUCUAUCCAUUAUAAGUUUAUUUAUUUAGUAUGUUGGAAGAUGAUUUGAAUGAUGUAUAAACUAAUGUACCUACAAUUUAUAUACAAUAUCAUUCAUUUUUUCUUUUAUUGUUACUUUAUAUUUACCUGAAAAUUGUGAGCCGCGAAAAUAAAUUCUUGCGAAAUUCUAAAUUUGCCUUAUCAGCGAAAAUAAGUUCAACGCUAAAUCCACGAAAAUAAAUUUCCUUCUUCCCCGCGAAAGUCCAGAAAGAAAAACCCGCGUAAAAAAGUCUUCGUGAGAAUUAAUUUCCUUGGGUAUACGUUCUAAAGAUAAAAACAACUAAAAUGGCUAAAACCUUUUUUCUGCAAGCUUUUGACCUUUAACAUAUUUUAGUACAAAUAUUGUAAAUUGCAUUGCUCUUUAGUUUAUUAUAAAAGUGGUUUAGUGUAUUAUAAAAUUUAGAAAAUUAAUAUCAAAAAUCAUUUUAAUAUUCCACUGAUAAUGAGAAUAUAUUGGUACGGCUGCCA